AUGCACAUGGAUUCCGCUCCUUUCCAUCCCUCCCUGAAGCCGUUCCACCCUCGCCCUCCGCAUAUUUACUUGUUUCAACUUUGGAUAUGUUUUGCACUGUUGGCAUCACUGCAACCUGUAGCCGCCAAGGCUAGAUUUUGGGGACUUGUAGCUUUACAACAGAAUGUCACGCUUAGUAGUCCAGGAAAAUGGGAGGUCAUUGGCACAUCAGAUGUAAUCUGUAUUAUCAUGGCUUUAAUACCUGGAAAUCGCCUUAUUUGUGCCGAAAGGCCUCAUCCGCCUCCAUAUGCGUACAACCCUUAUACAUAUGAUAAUAAGACUGGACAUACUGAACUCACUUCGGAAAUCGAUCUGAAUACGGGCAAGGUCACGAAUACUCACAUCAACACCAGUCCAUUUUGUGGUGGCCCUGUUCAAGCAUAUGACGGAAAUGUGCUUGUAGUGGGAGGUGAUAAUGCUAUCGUCAACAACACGAGGACUGACAAUUCUACAUACAUUGGAGAUGGUCGAGCUACUAUAAGAAAAUACAACUCUGCUUGUGUUUCUGCCACUGGAGGAGCACCAUGUCCAGUAGGAUCAUGGACAGACAUGUAUUCAAUGACUGUUCAACGGUGGUACCCUACGGUUGUAACCCUCAACGAUGGAACUGUCAUUAUCGUCGGUGGUUCUGGCAACAACCUCGACUUGCACUUCCUCAAUCGAACUCAGGACGAACCAACCUGGGAGUUUAUUCCUCCACGGCCAUCUGGCCCUCAACUUUUGCCAAUUUUGAGAGAUACUUGGCCAUUCAAUUUGUUCCCAAUGGUGUAUCAAUUGCCAUCUGGACGAGUAUGGGUGUUUAGUGGUACCCUUGCCGCAUACAUCGACCCAGUCACAAAUACUUGGAGCAACUCGACUUUGACUUCGUUGGAUCCUUGGAAUGCUCGUCCUCAUAUAUACCCAUAUACUCCAACUGGAGUGAUAUUACCGAUGACUAUUGCAAAUAACUACUCAUUUACCAUCCAAAUGUGUGGAGGAACGACGAGAUCAUCAGUUGCGGCUAAUUUGACAAUACCUGGGAUGGGGGAUGUUUUGACUGCUGAUCAAGCUUGUUAUCAGAUUCAGCCCGACUCUCCUGCACCUCAAUGGAUUCCAGUAGAUGUUUUACCUGUUGGAAGAGUCAUGCCCGACUCUGUACUACUCCCUGACGGCAAAAUACUCUAUGUUAACGGUGCAAAUAGCGGCUAUGCAGGUGGUGGAGCAGGAUUUGGUGUAGCUCGUUUCCCAGUUCACCAAGCAGACAUUUUUGAUCCUACCGCGCCUGCUGGAACGAAAUGGAGCACAGGAGCUUCAGCUACAGUGGAUCGAAUGUAUCAUUCAACCGCCGUCUUGAUCGCUGAUGGUCGAGUGGUGACUGGAGGAAGUGAAGAGCAGAAUUGGAAUGAUGUCUUUACUUUUGGCAUUCAGAGAAUUGAUAACGAUGGUCAAAUCUAUUGUAAUUGUGUAUUUGGUGCAGAUUGCACUGAUCCAUAUGAGUAUCGUCUCGAAGCCUACUCUCCACCAUAUAUGUCGAUACCCAAUCCACCUGUAAUCAAGUCGACUCCUGGACAAAUUACAUAUGGUUCAACGUUCUAUGUGGAGCUCUUUACGGAUACAGCUGCCGUAGGCAUGGUGUCUAUGAUCCGAUACACUUCUGUAACUCAUUCUCUCAAUACCGACCAACGGUUUAUAGAGUUACCAAUACUAUCACGUAAUACCACACAUCUCCAAUUACGUGGACCUCCUAAUGGAUAUCUUGCGCCGCCUGGUAAUUGGCAUCUCUUUGUAGUGUCGAGUGCAGGGCGCCCUGGUACAGCUUAUACUGUAAUGAUCGCUCGCGGAGCAGCCACCAGCGUAGCAUCUCUGAAUCCUACGCAGAACACCCGGACAGCCAGUAGUUCUAGUAGUCGUAGUAGAAGCAGAAGUUACCUACUCACCAUCUUCCUAGUGUUGAUGUGGUUUGGAUUGUAA